AUGACCGUGAUGUAUGGCCGAUACACGCGGGACCUUGGCGAGUACGUGAAGGAGGAGGCGAAGCGGCUGAAGCAGCUGGAGAAGGCGCGGAAGCGGGAAGAGAAGCUGCGCACCAAGGAGCUGCGCAAGUACCGCGGAAAGUGGGCCACCAGGUCCCUCAACGUCCUGUCCUUCGUCUGGCGGAACACGUUCGCCCGCCUCGGCGAGGACUGGGUCUUCCUCGCGCUGCUCGGCAUUCUCAUGGCCCUCAUCUCCUUCGCCAUGGAUUUCGGCAUCGCCAUCUGCAAUCUCGCUCGAAUUCGGCUGUUCCGGGACCUGGCGACGCACCCUGGCCUCCAGUUCCUGGCUUGGGUCGCUUUCCCCGUCUUCCUCAUACUCUUCUCGGCCGGAUUCACGCACAUCGUGGAGCCGCAGGCCAUCGGUUCGGGGAUCCCCGAGAUGAAGACGAUCCUUCGCGGCGUGCAGUUGAAGGAAUACCUGACGUUUCGCAUGUUGAUCGCCAAGGUCGUGGGUCUCACCGCCUGUCUCGGCUCGGGUAUGCCCCUCGGCAAAGAGGGCCCGUUCGUACACAUCGCGAGCGUGAUGGCAACCCUGCUGGGGAAGCUGGUGACGACCUUCAAGGGGAUCUACGAGAACGAGAGCCACAACAUCGAGAUGCUGGCCGCGGCGUGCGCCGUGGGCGUGGCCUGCACCUUCUCCGCGCCCAUUGGGGGUGUGUUAUUCAGCAUCGAGGUCACGGCGGUGUAUUUUGCCGUCCGUAACUACUGGCGGGGCUUCUUCGCCGCCGUGAACGGGGCUCUCAUCUUCCGGCUUCUGGCCGUCUGGCUCAAGAGCGAAGAGACGUUGACGGCCCUGUUUGUGACCAAUUAUACGAUCGACUUCCCGUUCGAUGCUCAGGAAUUGGUCGUGUUUGGGCUUAUUGGGGUGGUGAGCGGGUUUGGAGGUGCCCUGUGGGUGUGGAUGCACCGCAGAUACGUCAUCUUCAUGCGACGCAACAAGAAGAUUAAGUGGUUCCUCCAGAAAAACCGGUUCAUCUACCCGGGGGUGGUGGCGCUGCUGAUCUCGGGGAUAUCCUGCCCCCUGGCCCUGGGUCAGUUCAUGGCCUCCGACCUGACCACCCACGAGCAGGUGGAGCACCUGUUCUCGAACUUCUCGUGGGCAUCCGUUGCGGACGCGCCGCCUGGGACGCCCGUGAACGUGGAGCAGGCGGAGAAGAUCCACCACUGGGCCACCCCACACUCCAACAUCUUCCUCACCCUCACCGUCUAUUUCCUCUCCACGGCAUUCCUGUCGAUCCUUGCUUCCACGCUGCCGGUGCCAUCGGGGAUCUUCAUCCCCGUGUUCAAAAUAGGAGCUGCCUUCGGUCGCCUGGUGGGGGAGGCCAUGGCGAUCUGGUUCCCCAGGGGCGUGCGGACCGGCAACGUCUUCACGCCCAUCCAGCCCGGUGGCUAUGCAGUGGUGGGUGCAGCUGCAUUCUCUGGUGCGGUGACCCAUACCAUUUCUGUGUCUGUGAUCGUCUUUGAACUCACUGGACAGAUCACCCACAUGCUUCCCGUCAUGAUUGCAGUGUUGAUCUCAAAUGCAAUAGCCCAGCUCCUUCAGCCAUCCAUCUAUGACAGCAUCAUCCAGAUCAAGAAGCUCCCCUUCCUCCCCGACAUCAUCUCUUCCAAGUCGGCUGCUUAUCACGUGAUGGUGGAGGACUUCAUGAUCUUGAAGAACAAGCUGAAGUACGUGUGGCACGGCAUGCGCUAUCGGGACCUCCGCGAGGUCUUGAAGGACUCCCGCAAGCUCCGCACCCUCCCCGUCGUCGAUUCGCACGAGUCGAUGCACCUACUGGGGUCGAUUCGGCGGAGGGAGUUGGUCACCCUGCUGGAGAUGCACUUAGGGAAGGAAAGGCGCAUGCAGGUCACUGCCAAGUGGCAUUCUUUGGCCAAGAGAGCUCUGAGUCAAGAGCGGGAACGUCUCAUGGCGGAAGGCAUCCAGAGGUCGCUCACUCCCCCCCCACCAAGCAUCACCAUCACUUCAGAGAACCCAGAAAAGGCAGAAGGCUGCAUGGAAGAUGUGGAAACAUCUACUGAGGCACGACGGCUGUCACGCUUUGAGGUGGUUCCGGCCAAUGAAAGGGUCCUGCCCCCAGUGCGCCCAACUCUAGAUGGAAUCUCUCUCAUCAAUGAGCUGACAAAGAGUUCAAAGGACGGGGAUGAACCCUACCACCCGACAAGAUCCCUGCCGGCACCAGGGAUGCGACCCAAGAAGGGAAUCCUCAAGAAGACCCCCUCAUUCCACUUUAGUGAUGAGAACAGUGAUGGAGUAGGGUUGCCAUCGUCCACGCACUCGACGGUGACUUCGACAGACUCCCGUUGGAGACGUGCCUUUGAAGCCAUCGUCCAGAAGGCCCAUGCCCUGCAUGACGGAGAAAAGAGCCCUGGCGGGACCCUCUUGUUGAAACAUGUCACUCUUCCACGGGAGCGUGUGAUAGAUUUGCCAUUGGAAGAGCAGAAGCAAUGGGAGGAGGCAGAACUGGACAGGGAGGUGAAUUUCGAGGCAGUUCCUGUGGAUCCAGCCCCAUUCCAGUUGGUGGAAGGAACGACAUUACUCAAGGUCCAUUCCCUCUUUUCCCUCCUGGGGCUGAAGCAGUCGUAUGUCACCUCGUUUGGACGACUCAUUGGUGUCGUCUCGCUUGUUGAUCUGAGAAAGGCGAUCGAGGACGUGAACUCGGGGAGCUUCCACGCGAACGCGUGCGACGACGACGCGGGUCUCUCGGACGGGGACGUGGAGAGCGGGAGGAGCCGUGCAGCCACGCCCACGGGGGGCGUGCCCUCGGAGGAGGAGGCUCCCCUGGCGAGCGCCGACACCACCUCCGUCUCUUCCAACGAGGAAAAGGGCAAGGCGGAGUCGGAGCCCGAGAGGGUGUCGAACGAGAACGCGGAGGCCGACCGAGAGGACACCCUCAGCGAACGCAAAGAUAAAUGAGAUGCAAACUUCCGGGGAGUGCGAUCUAUUUAUCGGCGAAGUUACGACCGAUGACGAUGGAGUGCGAUUCGGAUCUUCCAGUGCCCUUCCGUGACUCUCGUGAUAGAGAGAACGGGAGGACUUUCUGCUUCCUUUACUGUCGCCUGGUGAAUUGUGGCAAUACUCAACGUGUGCGUGCACGCGUCGAUCGGUGCGAGGCCGUGGCUUUUCCUGCGUCCCGAUGGCCAAGCUGUGAUGAUAGUGAGUUUUACGUGAAGAAGAAGCAUGUUAUCCUUUUUUCUUAUGUUCCUUAUCACCGACCGGCUGGAUGUACUGUCGCGUUUGUGACCCAUUUCCUACUAUUUGAAUGAAUGACUGCAUUUUCUCA